UACCGGCCAAGUACUUAGACAAUUUCGAAGACAGUUUUCUAUUUUUGACUGUUGUUCGUUUAGUUGUAAGUUAUUAAGUUAUACAAUUUUAGAAAAUAAGAACGUUAGAUAAUUAAUAAUUGCUAACAAGAUGAAUGACGCCGAUACUUACAAGUCGUAUUUGAAGCGCACCGUUUAUGUUGGUGGAUUAGCUGAAGAAGUAGACGAAAAAGUAUUAAGAUCUGCAUUCAUUCCUUUUGGUGAUAUAGUCGAUGUCCAGAUGCCAUUAGAUUAUGAAUCUGAGAAACACCGGGGAUUUGCAUUUGUUGAAUUCGAACAACCCGAAGAUGCAUUAGAUUCUAUUGACAACAUGAAUGAAGCAGAGAUAUUUGGUCGCACCAUCCGCGUGAAUUUAGCAAAACCACAGAAGAUCAACAGAGGCUCAACUAGACCGGUUUGGUCGGAAGAUGACUGGCUUGUACAGUAUGCUGGUAAGACACUGGAACCAAAAGACGAUAAAAAAAUUGAAGAGGACAAGACCAAAGACGAGGCAAAGAACCCACAAGUUUAUCUUGAUAUUAAAAUUGGCAAAAAGGAUGCUGGUCGAAUUAUUAUCAUGUUGCGAGCUGACAUUGUGCCACGCACAGCAGAAAAUUUCCGUUGUUUGUGUACUCAUGAAAAAGGUUUUGGAUAUCAAAACACCACGGUUCAUAGGAUUAUUCCAAAUUUUAUGUGUCAAGGUGGUGACAUAACUAAUAACAAUGGCACAGGUGGACUGUCGAUUUACGGGAAAAAGUUUGAUGAUGAAAAUUUUGAACUUAAACAUACAGGCCCUGGAGUCUUAUCUAUGGCUAAUUCUGGUCCAAAUACAAAUAGUUCACAAUUUUUUAUUUGCAUGGCUCGUACAGAAUGGUUAGACGAUAAGCAUGUUGUAUUUGGCCAUGUGUUAAGUGGUAUUGAUGUUAUGAAGAAAAUAGAGAAAUGUGGAACAAAAGCUGGCCUACCAACUGAGAAAGUUAUAAUUGGUUCUUGUGGACAGUUGGCUUAAUGAAAUUCAUAUUUUAGGAAGACAUAAUUUUUUUUUUUUUAAAUUCAUUUUGAAUUUUUUACAAGCAUUGAAAUUUAUCUUGCAACGUGUAUUGAUAGGU